UCAAACCUUCCAUUCCAUUUAUAGUUCUCACACAGAAAAAGUGUAUGCUAUAUAUAUAUAUAUAUAUAUAUAUUUUCUGUUUCUUUGUGUGUGAUACAAGUCAUAAAGUGAUACCCAGUCAAAUUUUGUUUGUGAUCCAGAGCACGAGACACAAAGCAUUGCAGAUCAAUGGAGCAAGCCCAGAAGAAAGAACCAGUUCAUGUGUACCAUGAUGAUGUUCUUGAUGUUGUUGGGUCGUUCUCUUCUUCUUCUUCUUACUCUUCAACAUCACCCUCUGUUUCUGAAAUUUCUAGUGGGUCAUCGUCGUUGGAAUGUGACUCUUUUGAAGAAGUGACAUCCCCUCCCUCUUCUUCUCCAUCAUCAUCCUCGGCUGAUCAUCGUCAACUUGUAGUUGUGCCUGAUCCAUUGAGUGACAUGUCUUCUAUCUUUCAACAACUCCCCAUCAAGAGGGGGUUAUCAAAAUUCUACCAGGGGAAGUCACAGUCUUUCAUUUCAUUAACAAAUGUGAGGAGCUUGGAGGAUCUUGCAAAGCCAGAGAAGCCUUACAACAAGAGGUUGAAGUCUUGCAAGAGCUAUGGAGGAGGGUUGGCUGAGAACGAAGGGGUUUCAAGGGCUGUUUCCAAGAGGGGAAUGAUGCAUUCAGCAAGUUCAAGGGCUUCGUGUUCUUCUUUGAAUGCAAGAAAAGGAAGUGCUUCUAACUUCAUAGGUAGUAGACCACCAAUUCCUCCUCAUAGAUCAACCACCACUAACACCAUUCGUAAUCAAACUGUGCUGUUUGCAUGAAAGGGACUUGUAAGGAAGCUUUUGCUGUUGUUGAAUGAGUUUUUGUUUUGACUUUUGAGGGUACCAUGUGAGGAUGAUGAUUCAGUAGUUUCUUUUCAGACAAGCACUGUUGGAGAGGGAAAAAGAGAGCAACAACUAAUCUAAAUUUUAUUUUAUUUUUUCACAUGUUCAA